GGGACCGGAGGCGGGGAGCGCAGUGAGCCGGUGUUGGAGACGGUGUCCCCGGCGUCCCCGGCGUCCCCGGCCGCGGACGGAAUCUCCACAGCCGGGGAGGACGCGUCAGUCAGCGGUGAGGAGAGCCUGCCCUACCCCACCCUGGCCCCCGUGGUCUUCUUCUACCUGAAACAGACCACCAGGCCCCGGAGCUGGUGUCUGAAGAUGGUCUGCAACCCAUGGUUCGAGCGAGCGUCCAUGUUGGUGAUCCUGCUGAACUGUGUGACUCUGGGCAUGUUUCAUCCAUGUGAGGACAUCGACUGCCACUCGGAGAGGUGCAAGAUCCUGCAGGACUUCGAUGACUUUAUCUUUGCAUUCUUUGCCAUUGAGAUGGUGAUCAAGAUGGUUGCUUUGGGGAUAUUUGGGAAGAAGUGUUACCUUGGAGACACGUGGAAUCGCUUGGACUUCUUCAUUGUACUGGCCGGGUGA